AUGAACGAAGAUAGUAUCUUUUUCCAGAAGGCAGCAGAGGCAAUCAUGGUAACUAGUUUGAAUUCAGAGAAGGUUGAUCCUACAAUAAGAGAGUUGUUGAAUAGAGUCAAAUAUGUUAGCACGCCUGCACCGCCAUCACAACACCAGACAAAUAAUCUGCCGUUUUCCGCGUUAGGAUCUGCUAGCAGUCAGUACGCAUCAUUGAAUAAGAAUCACCGGAACGACAUCCCAUAUAACAACCAUCCUCAGGGCCAUAAUAAUAUAGAUGGUGUGGGACCUGCAGGGGUAAUAGCUCCUGAAAAUAAGACGAUACUGAAUUAUUUCGAUAAGCUUUUAUCGAAUCCUGUAAAUUUCGCCAAUCAAAAUAACGAUGGCACAUCGCAUUCCACUGGACACACUCCAGUGAACCAUAAUGGAAUGACACCAAGUUUGUCGCAUUCUAACGAUACUUACCAUCAACGUAGGGCUUCCACGGAAUUGGAGAACAGGUCGAAGAAAAGGAAACUGCCAUCAAAGAAAAUAUUAUCGGGGUCUUCAGAUACUGCCAUUGUACCAUAUGACAGAGACAGCACAGAUGGUAGUAAUAACGCUGAUUUAGACGAUAAAAGAUUUCCCUGCGAGAAGUGUCACAUGGUAUUCCGCCGCAGCAGUGAUCUAAGGAGACAUGAGAGACAACAUCUACCGAUUUUGCCAAAUAUCUGUACGCUCUGUGGUAAAGGGUUUGCAAGGAAAGAUGCACUAAAGAGACAUUUCGAUACACAAACUUGUAAGAGAAACAGACAGAAACUACUCAGUAUAGGAGGCGACAUAAACGAGAUACUCGAGAGGGCGCGACAAAGUGGUGCUACGAUAUAUAGCGGUUCCAAGUGA